AACGCGCUUUUCGAGAAACGAGCAGCUCCUCUCCUCUCCCUGCUAUCUCGCUCGCACCUGCAUAUCUUGCUUGCACCUCGUUUUUGUUGCGUGCAAUAUCUACGUGAUACGCGUGCACUUAAUUCGGUUGGAUAUUCGCCUCGCAAGAGAAAAAAGAACGUUGUGCUGCAUUAAACCAUAACCUCUACGUGAACUCGCGCACAACAGGUAGUGGUUGUCAGGGAGAGAAGUUCAUUGUUUAUGUGAGAAGAGUGGAAACAAGUCGCCAAGCUGGUUGCCAAAAGGAGGUGGAUGGUGCAGGAGAGGAGGCUGGAGGAAGAGAGUUCCCUCGAGGCUAAUGAGGAGACAAUGAAGCUUGAUGUCCAGGACAACAUGUACGACAGCCCGAGCAGUGUCUCCAGCGACAGCGCAGCGAGCUCCCAUAGCUCUAGAAUCAGUCAUGAUUUCCUGGCUUCCAUCAACUCCUACACACCCUCCGGAAGUCUGGUAUCGUCGCUGGACGGUCUGCACAGCGGGGUGCCGACGCGGACGACGCCGACCCUCACGCCGACGACGCUGCGCUCGAUCGAGCAGGGCUACCUGAACUUGACCGGCGAGUCGGGCUCGCACAGUCGCGAGGCCGGUUUCGUGCCGCCUAUCAUCGAGCCAUCGCAACCAACUCCCGCCCAAACGCAGAACAACAGCAUUCACCUCCAGCAGCAGCCACAAAUCCAACCGCAUCAGCAACAGCAGCAACACAGUAACGUGUUGGUGGAGGUGCAGCAGACGCAGUUGCAAGUUCAGCAACAGCAGCAGCAGCAACAACAACAACAACAACAACAGCACCACCACCAGGACCAGCAGCAAGAUCAACAGCAACAGCCCCAACUGCAGCAACAGACGAGACGCAACAUGGGCGGCAGAAGACCAACUAGGACCGUUGGCAUGAGUCCCGAGGAAGAGGAGCGCCGACAAAUUCGCAGGGAACGCAAUAAGAUGGCUGCUGCUAGGUGCCGCAAGAGGAGGCUCGAUCACACCAAUUCUCUUCUAGAGGAAACCGAGGGCUUGGAGCAGAAAAAACAAAGUUUACAGAACGAAAUAGCCGAGUUACAGCAUGCCAAAGACGAGCUUGAAUUUAUGCUCGAAGCACAUCGCGCGGUCUGUCGUCUUCAGUCGUCCUCGCCUCCCGACGUCAAACCUGUAAUCGACAAACAGCAUCACGCGUUAGCACCAACGACGAACAACAACAAUUUCCAAGCGGAGGACUUCGUCGACAUCCCGUGCAACGUCAAACAACAGCCGAGCAACGAGGAACAACUCAAUGGUUUACGGCAACUCAAUCGACCCAACACGUUACCGAUCUUCACCGAACCGAAACCACGGCCAUCGAGUCUUCACAUCAAGACCGUCGAGACACCGGCUUUUAUGAAAACCGCUGCGGAAGUGGUUGGCGUACCGAUCACGACGCCGUCCAGCGGUAUACCAUUCAAUUUCGACUCGCUGAUGGAAGGUGGUACUGGACUGACACCUGUUUCCACGCCAUUGAUACCGUCGUGCUCCAGUCAACAGAGGAACAACGUUGUCGUGUCCGCCGUCGAUCUCAGCUCGCCCGAUGCCAAUCCACCCAAGCUCGUGAGUUUGUGACGCCAGGAGCACGUCGGCUAUCACGCCGACGACGAACAUUGACGGUCAGAGACGUUCUGCACCAAUGCGUUGAUUUGAGCAUCGAGCCAUAUACAAAUUUUAUACCGCACCGUGGACCUGAGCUCUCCGUUGUGCUUUGAUACGAGAACAUGUCAAUUUUUUCAGUAUUGUACUUUGCGGAGCGCCGAGACUCUCUUUUCUCUCUCGGCCAGUUUUAUACGCGUUUGAGAGAACAAAACAAGGCCUUCUCGGAGUUGUAUUUUUUCUUGUUUGUUUGAGGCUACGUCGCGAGAGCCAGAUUUAUUUUUUUUUAAUUCUCUCGCUUGGUGGAGAGAAAGACGAAUGAAGCAUCUUUGUACGAUAAACAAAGUAGAAAAUUUAUGAAAAAGAAACAAAAAAAGUAAUGAAUAUUGUACUAUUUUUUGAAAAAGAAUUGAAACGAGAAAUAGUUAUAACAAGUAAGAUUUUUGUCAUUUCUGAGAUAUAAGUGAAUUUUUAUAUUUUUAAAGUAUACCGAAAGCGCGAGAGACGAAAUGAUAGAUGAAACUAAGGAGAAACAAUUUUUAGCUGAAAAUUUACUUGUAGUUCGUAAGCGAAUCGUAAGCGAAAAAAAUAUAAGUAUAUAAGUUUUUUCGUUUUUUCGUGCAUAGCCAAUCGAAUAGCUUAACGGAUCGUCUUUCCCUAAAACUUAGUGAAAAAAACAAAGUAUUUGUUUCGUGUAUUAAUGUGCAAUUGUAAAAAAAAAAUAUCGAAAAACAAAGUUUCGAUAAAAUCUUGAAAUUAAUAUCUAUGCAAUAAUUAUUGCAUUAUAGUGUCCGUAACGUGUUCUUUUGGCUUUGAUUUAUCGAUUUUUUCUUGUCAUUAAAAAACAACGCAGCCAAAGUGUUUGCGUGCCUCGAUAGAUAUUGUGUAAUGUUUAAUCCCUCCAUAGAUUAUAUAUGUAUAUAUAUAUAUAUAUAUAUAUAUGUGUGUGUAUAUAUGUACAUAUAUACAUUGAUUAUAUAUUUUAUAAUGUACGACAAUUUUUGCAUGACCUUGAGCAAUAUUAAUAUAUUUAUACAUAUAUGCGAAAAACUAUCUCGCGACGCUUUGACAAUUUCCCUUGUACAUACGUGAAAGGAAGAAAAAAAAUAAGGUGUAUCGUCGAAGAUAACUUCGCUCAAUAGUUACGCUAGCAAUCUCUCUCUAUCUCUUCUACAUAACUUAACUUUUAGCAAAACUCACAGGGGAGAAGUCGUCGAGCGUCGCGACGUGCGCACGAGGCUGCGAGAUUAAUUGAUGAUUGUGUAACGAAACAGUAAGGCGCCAUCGACGAUGCAAUAUAUUUUGUUUAAUUCAAACAGCCAAUAAAGGCCUUGGAAUUAUA